GGAAGUUUGUUUACGUCACUUUUUGGAACUUGCCGCUGAUGUCAGUUGAAAAUAACGGUUAAGACUGGCGGGGGGAGGAGGGGGGGGAGCGCGGUUUGGGCACGCGAUCUGCGCAUGCGCGACGGCCGCAGUCCAACUUGGCAGACCUAUUUCCAGGCCUAUUUCUAUACCAGUUUGAGAAGGAAGCUGGGACAUGUGCGCAUGCGCAGAUUUUUUUAAAAAGAACGUGGUGAAAAGGGAGCGCAUUGCGCCUGCGCAAUUCUCAAGAUUUUUUUCUCUUAGUGACUUAAGCAUAGUAUUAGUAGUGACAAGCUAUUUAAGGAAAAGUCUGCCACGAUGUACAAUACUAUAAUAAACCCACUAAGAACUAUGUUUUAGAACUCUAUUUGAAUAAUAAUAAUAAUAAUAAUACAAUGUUAUGUAGCCACAACGAGACGGGCGCCCAAGCGAUACCCAGUCGCGCAUGCGCAUUACGCAAUGAAAAAGCGGGCAGACGCUUUGGAGAGCCAUCAGAGGAAAAGGGCGGAAGAGGGGAACCAGAAAUCUUGCGCAUGCGCAGACAGGUCAAUGUCAGUCCUUGUCUAUUUUAAGGUUAGGGCUUGUUGCUUUUUCAGUGGCUUCUCUUUGCUAGAAUCGGGCCGAAGGUGAAUUUUAUAUAUUUUUUUACUUGCCCGAAGAAGAAGAAGUAACUGCUUAAUCUAAAUGCUGUGUUUGGCACGGUUAGCCCUUGGGGCUGGGGUUAUCACUUUGCCUUCUCGAGGCAAGGCUUCCAUGGCUGCCAAGAUGGUGAAAUAUCGGAAGAUGUGGAAGCCAACGGAGCCACAAGAUUGGGCCGUUGAUUAUCGGGAGCGAUACAUCCCGUUUUCCAAGGAUCAGCUGGUUGAUGCUCUCGUGAAGGAGUUCCACUCUUCUAGCCGCACAGAUCGAGAAUCGUUCCUGUCGUUUGUCUCUCAUGUGGAUUCAUCCCUUCUACGCCAUUACCAUGCUGUCCGAGACCAGUUAACGAUUCUCUACACACCUAUUAAUCCUGACCGGGACACAUUGCAGGAAUUGUCUUUGACAGAUGCUGAGCGGUUAGCAUUAGAACAGGAAGUCUUGGCCAAGAUGGAACCUCUGCUGGACCAGGCCAACUUCAACAGAUUGUCAGAUGAAACACUGGCCUAUGCCCUUGUGGUUCACCAUCCUCAGGAUAUUGUCCAGGUGACAGUAAAUCUGGAUCAGUAUGAAUACAUGAGAUUCUGGGCUCUCGGCCAGCGGAUGGGACCUCUGCGUGUGUCAACAACCAUUCCACUCCCAAAGAAAGGAUUCUUUGGCACAACUCGGAUUCCAGCAGACAGGCUAUACUUCAAGCGAGUGGUGGUGGCUGCACGCAUUAAGAAUGCCCACUUGAUGCUGAAAUGCUUUAAGGACAUUCCCCUGGAAGGCCUGGAGCAGUUGCUGCCGGCUGUCAAAGUCCGCACCUCUAUCUUCUACAGGGCCCUUCUCAACACCAUGCUCAUUGUGAGCGGCUUGGCCGUCUUUGUCAAUGUUGGGAUGGUGGUACUUUCUGACCUAAAGAUUGGCACGACCACACUGCUGAUUUUCUUCGCUGCUUUAAUGGCCUUCCGUGCUUGGAAGGUCUUUGGCCAGCGGCGAAACAUUCACUCUCUUGAGUUGGUGCAUAUGUUGUACUACCGCAGCACAUCCAACAAUUCAGAGUUUCUGGAUGCCCUUACCUUGCGUGCCCAGGAAGAGCAUGCCAAAGAGGUGAUACUGGCACACAGUUUCCUCCUCCAGCUUCAGCAACAGAAUCAAAAGGCCCUGCUGAGAAACCCAGAUUCAAAAACCGUUGAGUGGCUAAGAGAAGAGGUUGAAGCUUGGCUACACCUCAAGGCUGGGCUGCAUGUAACCUUUUGUGCUGAACGUGCCUGCAAGCAUCUCAGGGAACUGGGAGUCGGGGGUGCAGGUCCCCCCACAUGUAGGCCCAAACCUGUGUGACUGAGUAGGAGGCCCCUACGAUGGUUACAACCAGCACUUUGGGUUCCGAAUGGUCUGGCUCCUGGCAUUUUCCCUAAUCCUGAGUAUCGCAUGUUCAGAAGGCAUGAGCACAAGAAGACUUAUUUUGGCAAGGGAUUAUGGGAGCAUCCAGGGGCACAAUUGUUGAUGCUGCACAGAUAAUCCAGAAACUCCAGGGUUUUUGCUUACUCCGUGGUAGUUGUCUGGAUGCACAUUGCCCUCAAGAACACAUCUUUUAAAACACAAGCAUGUAAUUCUGAGCCAUACUGCACCUUACUCGUAACUGUUUGGGCAAGUGUGUGUGUUAGGGGAGGGAGAAUCUUGCUUUUAACAUUUCCCUUUUUCCAAAGCAUGUAUAUUACAUGCUGUGGCUGUGGCUUCUUUUAGCUGUUUUUUUCUUUCUUUGAGGAAUGAGGGGCAAAACUGUCUUAAAAUACUGUUUAUGUUUGAACACAGAAGUAAUACCACACAAUGAAUCUCUUGCAUUUGGAACAAGAUGUUUUUUUAUAAUACCUUUUGCUUUCUUGCUGGGUUAUUUUUGUAAAAAGAAAAGAAAAGUUUAAAAUUAUUCUGUUGCACUUUGAAGUAUGUGACAUGCAUUGUGGAGUUUCAAGAGCAUGCUGCAUGCUGAGCUCUUGUUUUACCUGUUUAAAGAGAUCAUGAGAACUGAGAAUGCUGCAUUAAUGUCAGGCAAUGGUCUAGCUUAUUGGGGAAUAGCCAUUCUUUUUAUGUGUUGUCGAAGGCUUUCAUGGCCGGAAUCACUGGAUUGUGCAUUUUCCAGGCUGUAUGGCCAUGUUCCAUGUUGAUAAACCAACCUGGACACAGUAUAUUAUUUGAGAACACUGAAAUGCUGGACCACUCUAGCAACUAUUAUGUCAGACUACACAGAGAAGCUAUAUCCACAAACGUAGACAAUUUCAACAGAAAGGCGGAAACCAUGAAAAUGAACAAAAUCUGGCUACCAGUAUUAAAAAAACUAAAGUCAGAACUGCAAAUAAAGAACAACACUCUGAAAACAGAGUAAUUCCAGACAUGAAUCAGGGGCAGCUAACACCUCCAAACAAAGGAUUCCCCCAGGCAGGGAAAUGCUAAUCAAGGUGAUUAAUUACAACAUUCACACUGGCCUCCAACAGACAAAGAGUUUUUUCCCCACCCUGAACCUUCUACAGAUAUAUAAACCUCGCUUGCUUAGUUUUCCAAUAUACCGCACAACCUCUGAGGUUGCCUGCCAUAGACGUGGGCGAAACGUCAGGUGAGAAUGCUUCUGGAACAUGCAGAACAACCCAUUCUUUAUAUGUUCAAGGACACCUUUCCAUAUUCUCUUGCAAUGAUCUAGCUUUUAAGGAAAAGCCAUUCUGUAUAUGUUCCGGGGCACAUUUCUAUAGUAUCUUCUCUUGCAAGAUUUGGCACCCAGAUUGCAAGGCUUAUUGCAGAUUAAAUGGCUAGAUAAAUAGACCCAUGUUUGAAGUCCACUGCUGCUGUUCAUAGCCAUGGUGUUCAUAGCCAGCAGUCCAGAUAUUUUCGUAAGCAAUGGGAAUGCCAGGAAUGAUCAGUGAUUAGAUUUGAAAUUAAGACAGAUCUACUACCUCAUCCUAUAAUACACUAAAAUCAUAGAGGGUACCUUUUUGCCUGAGUUCAACCUCGAUGUCUUAUGAAUGCAUGCAUGUGCAUGUAUGUAAUUCGGGGAAAAUAGUCCUUUCCUCUGAAGAAUGUACUUGUAACUGUAAGCAGAUGUAAUCUUGUUUAUUGCUGGCUGUACUGAGGCUGCAUCUCCUAUCCCUUCCAGAUACAGGGGUCUGCACUUUAAGGGGAGUUUCAUCAAAGGGGCCAUGUAUCAAGUGUAUGUUUUCACCCUGCAGAGAGAGGGAAAACAGCACUUUGCCAAAAUUCUCUAUUACAUGUUACUGCACAGAAGUCGGUACCAUAAAAUUUAAUGCAACACCAAAAUGAAUGAGAUGGCUGCUACUUGUGUGCCCUGGUGUCAUAAGAUCCAAAAGUAACAACAGGAGAGUGCUUCUGUAACUUUUUGAGUUAUAGUACUCACCUACUGUUUACUCUGGAUUCUUUUGUGUGUAUUAGAGCAAUAUUACUUCCUGCAGUUCCUGUCUGCUGUAAGAAGGCAGAAGAGGGGUUUCACCUGUUACACUGGCCAUGAUUCCUAGAACAAUUGGGUUCAACCUUACUUUAUGCCUCAGAUGGUCACCACUGAAUCUAAUGUUGAGUCUUAAAACAGAGCAGAUUGUCUGUUCCCAUCCAAGAUUAAACUAGUUAUGGCUUGGGAGAAGAAGCAUGAAAGUUUACUGUAUCUUCGGUGCAAUAAAAAUAUUCCACCUCCACAA